GAGGAGAAAAGAAUUGUGGGCAUUUGCUUUAUAUUAUUUAAUCCGCAUUGCGCAUAUCUGCUUGAGUGUUCACGUCAUCAAACUGUUAUUUUAGGAGGCUUUGGAAUUAGAGACUAAGCCAUACGUCAUCUCGUAUCAAUCUCUCCAGGACAGCGAAAAAGAUCCUCUCUGUCCUGUGAAUGAUGAAGACACCAUGGGUAAGACUAAUCCGCUGGAUCCUUUGGGAGCUUUAGCAUCAUGUGAAACGCCUAAGGCCCCAUCUAAUCAACUGCCAAUGAGCCCAAGUAGAGCGAAGUUUAUGGCAGAGUUACAGUCAACUCCAUUUGCGGACGAGCUCAACCCGAAAGCGGAAAAUAAAGUAAAAGCGGUUAGCUUAGCUUUGCAUGCUUGCUAG